AUGGGAUCUGGCCAAGAGAAGGAUAUGGCAAGGGAGGAAGGGCCCACUGCACCUAAUGAGGUGGUGAACAAUGCUGCUGAGAUUGACCUCAAUCAAGAUGAGGCAAUGGCUGACCUUGAGUUGGAUGAUGUUGAGGACUUGGACCUGGACCUUGGAGAUGAGGCUGAGAACCAUGGUGAAGCUGAGAACCAUGGUGAAGCUGACAACCUUGGGGAAGAGGAUAACACCGGUGGAAAGGAGGCCACUGGUGAUGAAAAUGACUUCACUGAGGGUGAAGGCAUGACUUAUCCUAUCUCCGAGGAGAUUGUCCAACUCCAGGCUAAGGUGGCAACUCAGAAUAUCACCAUCCUGCAGCAGCAGACGUCCAUUGAUGAACUCAAGAAGCACACUCAGAACCUCGAGGCUAGGCUGACACCCGCUCCGCCCGCACCCCCGGCGGUAGGCGCUGCGACGGCUAUGCAUCAGCCACCUCCAACUGAGACCUCGCCUUUUGGGUCUCUCUCGGCGCCUCUGCCUGAGUUUAACCAUAACAAGACGGAGGUGCAGCCUUGGCUCGACCUGGUGGAUUCCACCAUGAUCCUUGCGAAUGUGCGCCCCGAGGCUCGCGUCACUGCAGCUACUCGUGCGUUGGACGAGGUGGCCUGCAGGGCAGUGUAUGGCGCUAAGAAGCAGGCGCAGGGACCGUUUGAAAGGCCGGAGUUCUGCACCGCGCUGAAAGAGGCAUUCAUGGUCAAGAAGUCCGACCUCGAACUGCGCUGA